CACUAAAGUAAUCCCUUGAAUCCAAAUUAUAUUAAUAUGUUUUUAUCUAGAAAUAAUCUAAAUAUAUAAGGCAGUAGAUUUUUUGAACAAUGAGCUUAUGUUGAACUAAAUUGUAGGUCAAACUUUGAUAACGGGGUUGCAUAGUCGAAAAAAUUUUAACCGGUUUGCCCUUUACCUAGAUCGUAUCAUGGACGGUAAUGGCGAUUGAGGCAAAUCUAACAUGAACCAGUCAGUCGGCGCGAUACGGAAUCAUAUGCACUUUAUCAGUGCCACAAGCUAGCUUGUAAACAGGGUCAAUAAACCUCACACAUCAACCGAUAUUCAUCGGGAAUUGUUUUUUUUAUCACUUUGUUCAGUUUGCGUUCUGGUUUUGUGUAGUUAACACAAAAUGCGUCUAGUGAUCUUAGAUGAUUCGAAGGAUGUUGCAGAAUGGGCAGCGAAAUAUGUGACUAAACGAAUUAAUGAAUUCAAUGCUGGACCGGACAACUACUUUGUAUUGGGCCUGCCCACGGGCAGUACCCCAUUGGGAAUGUACAAGAAACUUAUCGAAUUUUACAAAGAGGGCAAAGUCAGUUUUAAGUACGUAAAAACUUUUAACAUGGACGAAUACGUCGGUUUACCCAGGGAACAUAAAGAGAGCUAUCACUAUUUCAUGUGGCACAAUUUGUUUAAACACGUAGACAUCGAUCCCAAGAACGUGCACAUCCUUGAUGGAAACGCCGAAGAUCUGGCAGCUGAGUGCACAAAUUACGAAAAGAAGAUCGCUGAAGCGGGUGGAAUUGAACUUUUCAUUGGCGGUAUCGGACCUGAUGGACAUAUUGCAUUUAACGAACCAGGAUCGUCGUUGGUGUCGAGGACGAGGGUGAAGACGUUAGCUCAAGAUACUUUGGAGGCUAACGCUAGAUUUUUCGACAAUGAUAUCAGCAAGGUGCCAAAACAAGCCUUAACAGUUGGAGUUGGAACUGUUAUGGAUGCUAAAGAAGUAAUGAUUUUAAUUACUGGUACCCAUAAGGCGUUUGCUUUAUAUAAGGCUAUAGAAGAAGGUGUUAAUCAUAUGUGGACCGUUUCUGCUUUCCAACAACAUCCGCAUACACUGAUGAUUUGUGACGAGGAUGCAACUUUGGAAUUAAAAGUCAAGACUGUUAAAUAUUUUAAGAAUGUGCAAAAUGAAUUGGCAAAGAAAGCCGAUAAUCGGAGGCUCUAAGCAAUGUUCAUCACAAGCUGAUUGAAGAUGAUAAAUCUAUUCAACAUACUAGGAUUGUUCAUUGAGAAUAUGUCGCUGGCGGAUCUACACAAUAAAUUGAUUGAUGGAUAACGAUAAUAUUUUUUUAAAAUUAUAGUAUUUUAUCAAAUUAUAAAUGUAUAUUUUUAAA